AUGGGCGUCACAAGGGAAGCAGACCAUGAACUACCCCAGGGAAUCGAUUCCAUCAUGUUUCAUGGUGUCCUCUCACCCGAGGCGGAAAGAGAUAAGUACCGCAUGGUGAAUGCAGGAUUGAUCGACAAUCCGCUUGCUCUGGAGGCCUCGACUGGGACGGAUGCGCUAAAGCCUGAAACUAAGCACAGAAGGCGAGGUCGGCCUCGAAUGAACGAGAGUGAGGAAAUGGCCAAUGACAAACGGAAACGGCAGAUUCGCUUAGCGCAGAGAGCUCAUCGGUCCCGCAAAGAGGAAAGGAUGUCUUUCCUUGAAUCCAAAGUCACCGAGCUGGAGCAGAAAAUGGCGAACAUCCGCAGGUUGUGUCUUGGGAUUCGCGCGGCUGUCGAAGGCAUGGGAGCUUUAACAACUUCUCUAUCUUUGCGCCAGUCUCUUCACCAUGACAUGCUGCAAUUGCUUUCUAUCACUGAGGUUGAUCCUCGGCCGAAUGAUGCCUCGAGCAUGGAGAUCCCUCAAAUGCUUGUUGAAAACAGCCAUAUCGACAUUGCCUGGGACGAUGCAAUAUUGAAUUUCAACGAUCUCACGACAAUUGCUUCUCUAGUGUCCAGUGAUGACCAGAUUUACUCGGGAUUCAUGCCGAACAGUGACGAUCAUAUUUAUUUCGACAGUUUACUGGGGAACAAUGGUCUCAGACUGCAAUCAAACCUUUAUCCCGCUUUACAAGAUGACAUGUUGCCCCACGGAUCAAGUAUGCUAUGGAACCAGAAUGCUCCAGUUACAGUUCCAAGUUACGUAUAA